AGAGAGAAGAAGAAGAAGAAACACGCGUCGUCUCUGGAAACUUUGCUGCCAUUGUGAUUGGAGAUUGACAAAAGGCGCCACACACAUCCUUUUAUUAUUCUUACGAUUUCGUGAGAGACAAGAAAUAUCUUUAUUGUUGAAGUACGAUUAUUGUUCUCCUCUCUUCUCUGUUCGAAUAGAUGCUCGUUUGAAUAGAGAAUUUGGUAGAAAGUACCCGGUGGACAUCUCCUCUUCGUCCAUGCCUACGUUCGCGCCUUUCCACGAAUAAACUGUGAUUCUUAUUUCCAACGUCUCCCAACGGCAAAUGGACGCCGUUUGAAAAGAUGCUUCUUCCUACUUUUCUCUAAAACAAAUUAUCCGCACCUUAAAACGGCCUAUCAACUUUCAAUCAUCGUUAAGAUGCUCCUUCCAUUCCAGAAAAUUGUGUAUUCUCACUCCAAGUUUCUACAAAUCCGUAUUUCUCCAUUUAUGUCUCUCUCGGGUUUCGAAGCAAAUACACUGCUCUUUUUCCUUCUCUCUCUCUCUCUCUUUACUUUUCCAAGCAAAAAAAAUAUGUUAUCCGGUCUUUCGAUAUUAAACGAUUUCUUUUUUUUUUUUCCAUUAUCAAGAGCGUCCAGCAAAAUCGUUAGCAUCACUUACUUCAGAAUGAUGCAUAAAAAUAUUCAUCAAUGUAUCUUUUGAAACUAACUUCGACAUUUAUUCUAGGAUGAGAGAGGGAAAUUUUCGGAGGCGAUAGAUAAAAAUUGCCAGAUACAACAGUCUCGACGUAAAAAUCUAAUUGGAAAACAUAUGCGAUCGCUCGAAAGUGAUCGCGCUGAAAAGGAAAAUUAAAUUUCUAUCGGUUCGAAGCGCAACCAAGUCGCUUACGUGGGAAGUGCGUACCCACUCAUCGUAGGCUUAGUGUAGAUCGGCGAGACGUUGAAAUUAAAAUUCCUGACACCGCGGUCCUUGCACGUCGCUUGCCAAAUGGUUCAAACCGCCCCCACCAUCGAUCACGGGCCCAAGUAUAAAAGAAAAAUUUGCCCCCGGGGCAAACAGUCAAAAUCCUCGCGCGUUCCUCGAUACCCGAUAACAGACUCAUCACGAUGAAACCGUUUAACGCCGUUUUAUUUGCGGCAUUGUCGCUCGCCUGCGUCGCCGUCGCGGAAGAUCCGAGGAACGUGGAGAUCAGGCUGACAAGGGCGAUGGACGAGUUGAACAAGAGGGAUACCGUCAACAUCUACGGUGACAUGAUCACUUUGGAGAAGGUCCACGUUGACGACGAGGAGGAAGGAUCGGCGAGGAAGAGCGAGGAUCCUCUGAUAGGACAAAUCGAACGAUUCUUGAACAGCAGGAGGAUCCGUGUUCGUCUGCCCAACGAUGGAUCUUCCGCGGAUAUGUUUGGCAGAGCCUUGGGACGGAAGGAUAUGGGCGUUGAACUCAGGGCCUUGAUCACGGGGGCGUCCGAAGCCCGAACCAAACUGAAGAAGAUCGUACUGCCGCUUCUGCUGGCCCUGAAACUCAAAGCCAUGAUCGUCCUGCCGAUCAUCAUCACUCUGAUCGGCCUGAUAGGGAUCAAGGGACUCGGUGCUGGCCUGCUGUCCCUUCUCCUCUCAGGAGCGGUUGCCCUGAAGGCGUUGCUCACGCCACCACCACCCCCCGCCAGGGUGACCUACGGAGUCGUGAAACCCGAGAUCCACCACGAACAUUGGCACAGGUCGCAGGAGGAGUUGAAUCAACCCUACAGAGGUUGGGCCCCUGAAUUCGGGCCUGAACAGUACCCCUAUCAAGACAUCCCUUGAAUUUAACCUUUAAAAAUCGCCAACAAAAUUCAUCCUCUCAUCCCCUCGCUUUAUUUAUUAUCUCCUCUCUGUUACCCUCUGCAUCGUAUUUAAAUAAAAUGGCAUCAUAUCCUCUCUUUUCA